UUAAGUUAGUUAAAAACUAAAUUACAAAAUGCGUGUCUACUUGCUGCUUGCCCUUUUUGGAUGUGUGCUUUUGGCCACCGUUUCGGCCAGUCCCGUCGAUGUUGACGAUUUGAAGGACUCCGAGGAAGAUCAAAAAAUCGCUGCUGGACAGGAGAACGUUGAGGAUGAUGCGGAAGAUGACUUGGAUACUAAUCCUUCGGAGUCCCAGAAUGAGCAAGGCGAUUCCCAAUCUGAGGAUGAUGCCUCUAAGGAAGAACCCCAGCAGGACGAUGAAGAGGAGAGCGAACCCAACAACCAGGAAGAAUAAGAUGUCUACACAUUUGUUGAUUUUAUUUACACGCCCUUAAAGUUCAUUGAAAGUUUAUACAACUGUUUACACAAAGAAACACUUUUCAUCACCGAAAUAACCAAAGAAACCCACGCUUUUAUAUUGUUCUAACAAAUACAUAAAAUUCUGGAAACGUCCGUAAAGAA